UUCUAUUUUCUAUUGAAGUCUUAUUAUUGAAAAUCGUCCACUCGUCAAAAUUUGUGAAAAAAAUGUUCAAGGACAAUUUUUGAUCCUAUUUGUGAAUUUAAGGGGAUGCAAAUUAUCUAGCAAGUUUUUGUGGACGUUUUGAUUCGUUUAUUUCGCAAGGGCAAAACAUCUCUGUUCAUUUCUACUUACUAUUGGAUGAUUGCUAUAAAUGUUCGAAGCCCGACCCAAAAUUGACUGUUGAUGAACUGAAAGGAAAAGUCUAUUCGAGCGCUGCAAUCGUAAAACUAAUUGCUUAUGUCAAAAUGGUGGAAGUCAAACAAUAAAAGAGCGGACAAAUUUUCGUAACAUAACCACAAUAUACUGUAGAGCGAAUUCAACUGAAUCAUUAAUUCGAGGAACUGCUUUGGAAAACCGAGAAACUAAUAACAAUAAUACAAGAUUCGCACGCUUCGCUACAAAAAAACGAAAACGUUGAAAAAUGGUAGAAAAACCAGAUGAAAGAUUGCUCCCUACAAAUAAGGUACGAACAAUAAUGAAAAGCUGUGGAGAUCCAAGUGCCUUUCUAUCAAAGGAAUCUGUACUGGUUGUUACAAAAGCGGCAGAAUUAUUCAUUUCGUAUUUAACACAACAAACACAUAAAAGAUGUUCACAUAAAAAAGAUUUGAACUACAAUGAUUUAUCAAGCUUUGUACAGGAGGAAGAAAAACUUGAAUUUUUACAUCAAAUUGUACCAAAAAAAAUCACCGUUAAGGAAUUUCGUGAUAUUUUGGAAAGAGGAUCUGAAUCAGAAUCUGAGUCUGAAGAAGCCACAUCUGACGAAGAAGAAAAUAGCGAUGAGGAAAUGGAAGAUGAGGAAGAUAUGGAUGAGGCUGCAGAUAUUGAAAGUGAUGACGGAGGAGGAUUGAUUUAACAACCAAACGCUACGAGAAAAUUCAAUAAUUGUCAUUUCUUUGUAUGACCUCGUUUACAUUCAAAAUUACAUUCACACUUAAAAUAUUGGUUACUAAAAACAAAA